AUGGCCGGAUCCGACCUCCCGCCCGGCGGCUCCGGCGCCGCCUCGCCCGCGCCGACCACCACCCCACAGCCGAGGUCCACGAAGCGCAAGCGCGGCGACUCUCCCUGGCCAGCGUCGCUGCCGAGACGCGCCACGCGGAGCUCCGACGCGGCGCGGAAGGACCUGGUUGGCCCGGUGCGGAAGGCGCGGCGCGCGGCCGCGGGCGCGCUGUGGUCGGAGAGGACGGGGCGGGGGCGCGGGCGCGGGCGCGGGCGCGGGCGCGGGCGAGGGCGAGGCUUCGGCGACACGGAGCGGAUGCGGGCGGUGAUCCUCGGGAUGCGCCUCGCGCGCUCCGUCCCCGUCCUCGUCCCCGACGACGACCCCGACUCGCCGUACCCGAGGGAUAUGAGAUCAGGCUCAAGGAGCGUUGAGAGGGUAAGCUGUAAUAUCAGCUACUUAUCGUGUGACCCACCAAAACGUGCUAGAACAGACCCUGCCGAGCAUCAAGCUUCUGUCCCUGGGUGGAAAAAUAAACCAUCUAAGAAAGAAGCUGAUGAGUACAAAGCUGAAACCUUAGAAAAUCUGGGCACAAUUGUAUGUCCACUAAACAUGGAUAUCCCAUUAACUGUUGAUCCAGAUAAUGCUAGGAAGGAAUUGGUGGACAAGUGUACCUGUUCUCAUCAUGGUUCUGUGGACUGUGUACUUGUUCACAUACACAAGGCAAGGAGCUGGAUCAAGGAGCAGUUGGGUGAGGAAGCUUUCAAAAACUGUGGGCUUGAUGUAAUGGGUGAGCAAGUUGAAGAGUUAUGGACCGCAGUUGACAAAAAGAAACUUGAAGAUGUUUACAAGUCGAUUCCUCAGAAUGAACAUCAGACAUUCAUGAAGAUUGCCUUAAAGGAGCACAGUGACAAGGAAAAAGAGCGUUUGGCGAGGUAUUACUACAAUGUGUUUCUUCCCAGAAGAUUAGCAAGCUUUACCAGGGCAGGGCAUAAGCAUGAAGAUGUUGACACGGGUGAUGAAAAGAGUAGUGAAAGUGAUGACAACAAUGAACAUCGUCCUCGAAAGAAGAGUAAAAGCUCUGGAUCUUCUUGUUCUUCCAAAAGGUGCAGAAAGUGGAACAUCCAGAAGAAUUUGAUGAGUGGGCAGCAGAAGAAAAAUUGACAGUUUGUUGCAGUUGAAGAGAAUUAACAGUUUUGUUGUAGUAGAAGAAGAUUGGGGAACUUCAGAAAGUUUCUGGUGACUUAGUAAGCCGUUCUUAGUGACGUAGUUUGGAGUGUGAUCGGAGACUGUGGUUAUGGAUCUCCAGCGAGCGUAUAAGUAGAUGGUUUUUUAGCUUAGGUACUGGCAACGAUAGUAAGCAGGUUUGGCUGCCACUGAGUAGACACGUUUCAGAGUAAACAUGUGUGCAUGAGUUUUGUUCGUUUCCUUUUGCUGCUGUUAUGUGUAAUGUGCAAAAGAGAGAAGGGAAGGUGGUAUAUAGAGAGGGGAUACAGAAGUUACCAGAUAUGUUGGUCGUCAUCUAGGAAUUCUUUUGGUUUAUCCUGCCUGCAACUGAAAUUUAGCAGAUGUACUGGGUUGCUCCUUGGUUGAUCAU